AUGAGCAAUCGCUUCUAUUUUAGUGGCUCUGACUCUGGCUCAGAUGCUGAUGACAACGAUGCCUCACUUCCCUUCCCCAAGCCAUUAGAGCGCUCGGCCUUCCUAGCCCCAGACUUUGAUGCCGCUGCCUUUCUGUCCAGUCUGUCAAACCGAUUUCAGACGCUUGAAGAUCUGCAGACAGAAUUGCGCGAAUUGAGCCAAACCCUCAACACAGAGCUCGUCGAUCUUGUCAAUGACAACUAUCAGGAUUUCCUGUCAUUAGGAAGCACGCUGUAUGGCGGCGAAGAGAAGAUUGAGGAUAUCCGACUGGGCUUAUUGGGGUUCGAAAGAGAUGUGAAGGCAGUCAAAGACAAAGUUGACACAAGAAGGAACGAGGUAGCAGAACUAUUGAGACAGAAGAAGGCCCUGAGACAAGAGACGAGCAUCGGGCAAGCGUUGCUCGAAAUCGCGGAGCGUUUAGAUCUUUUGGAAGAACGGCUCGAUAUCUCAACGCCGUCGGCUACUCAGCCCACGACCAAGGUCAAGGGCCAACCUCAAGACGGUGUCGGUGAGAAGUGGAGUAACGGAUGGAUCGAAGAGCCGACCAACGACGUUGACGAGGAAUUCAACUCGGAUGAGCUCGAUGGCAUCCCUUCUAAAUUAAAGCGAAGGACGGAAGAAUUCCUCAUCUUGAAACACCUGGCAAGAAAACACAGUCCACAGCACCCUUUCCUCUUGGCCCAGGAAGGGCGGAUUCGCAGAAUCCAAGAGCUCUUACUGACCGACCUCGAACUGGCCAUCAAGCAGGAAACAGAGGUCAAAAACAAACAACAAUUGAUACAGCUAAGGGGCGCAAUUGAAGAGUGA